AGCAGUUUGAGUUUCUGUCUGAAACUGUCCAGCUGAUAUCCCACUGGAUUACCAAAGGCUGCUGAAUUGAAGUUCAGGCUUUCUCACUCAGAUGAGAUUCGAGAUGAUGCCCAGCAGUGGUGAUGGGAAACAUCUGGAUCUCUCCAGGCUAACGGAUGCUGAAGCCAUGCAUGUCUGGCAGGUGAUUCAGAGAGACUUACAUCUGCGGAAAAAAGAAGAGGACAGACUAGGGGAGCUGAAGACCAAAAUAUUGAAAGAGGAUACAAAGAGAGAGUUGCUGGAAUAUCAGCCAAAACUCAGCGAUUCUCUCUGCAUCCGUUGUCUGCAGCCCUUCAAAUUCCUUGUCAACAGCAAGCGCCAAUGUCUGGACUGCAAGCUCUUUGUCUGCAAGUCCUGCAGCCAUUUUAACAAGAAGGACGGAUGUGGUUGGGUGUGUGAUCCAUGCCACAUGGCCAGAAUCCUCAAGAUUGGCACAUUGGAAUGGUUCCAUGAGAAUGUACGCUCUCGCUUCAAACGUUUUGGCAGCGCAAAGGUCAUGAAUUCACUUUUUAAGUGGCUAAACAGCGAUCGUGCCUACUCUCAAACUGAUCUCAGAGAGCCUCGAGACGAUGAUACGCACAGCAUGCCUGAAGUGCACACUGGUUCUCUAUAUAGCCAGGAGGAUGAGCAAUCUGAGGGGCCAGACAGACGGCACUUCAGCCUGACCAGAAGAGGCAGACGGCUGCUUCCUGUUGAUCCUCUUGAUUUUAAUCUUGGUAUUGAGAGCUCUGCUUAUUCUCAGCCUCAUUUCUUGCUGUACUCAGGUUGCCAGGAGAAAAUAACCCAGAGUAAAGGUUCAGUAGUUGAAGAGGACUGGUCCACAACCUUUAAGCAGAUCCUGGAGAAUGGAGCUCAUGGCAAAGGUGAUGAGAUGAAGGAUAUGUUUCAAAUCAGCCAAAGAAAUCUGGACAAACCUUCUCAUUUUUUUGAUGAUUGCACGCCGCACCUAGAGCAGAGGAUGACAAAAGCUCGUUCCCAGUCUAAGAUGAGCAUUUCCUCAGCUGGCAGUUCUAACUAUUACCUCCACCAAGAGCUUUCCUAUAGCCUGGAUGACUCAGAAGAUGAUGAUGAGUCUCAGAUUAAUCUCAUAUACAGUCCUCCCCUACAGAGGGAGCCCUCACCAGAUGACAUUCCCCCACAGAUUAUUGAGCUCAGUAAGCGUAUGUCAGCAAUCGAGACACUUCUCUGCCGUUUGGAGCAGAAAAUGACAGUUCCAGUAACUGGAGGAUCAAUGGAACAGGUUGAGCCAGAGAAAGAGGAGGAUCUGUCUCUAGCUGACCUAGAGGAGCUUGAGCUCAGGAAAAAACUUGAUGAACUUACUGAAAAAAUAAGUGACAAAGGCCUGUCCUCUGAUGAGGAUGAUGCAACAAAAUCUUCAGAGAACUCUCCAAAGCAAGAAGCUGUUUAUCACACUACAGCUAUGAGAAGAACUUCAGCUGGACUUGUCAGACAUGAGUGGCCUUUGGUGAAUGAAUGGAAAGCAAAACCAGAUGUGCAUAAAUCCCUCAAAAAGCAGAGGAGAGUGAGUUCCUUUGAGCUUGGUAACACAACCAGCUGUGAGCUGUCACAACUGGAGGGAAAGGUUGCAAUGGCAGCAGCUAGUGUUCAGAGCACUCAAAGCGGGGUCACAGACAUUCAGAAAAGAAUUGCUGCUUUGAGUGCUGCGGGAAUGUCAAUGGAGUCCUCCCGUAGACGGGCUUCUCAGUCUUCAAGGAUGUUGAAUGAUUUUCCAAGAGCCAGCAAUGAAGCAAGAUCUUUAAGGAAGCUGAGCAUCAUGUGAAUCAAGCUUAUGCAUUUUAACAUAUUUUUAGUAAGCUGUGAUGGAAUACAAACCCACAAAUCACUUUACAUAAGGCAUAUUUUAUAUAACGGUUAAGAGAAUUAGCUGUAAGUGUUUGUGGCCUGGACUCCCAUCUCGUUAAGGUGAUAUAUUUAAUUAAGAGUUAAGAUAUAUUUCAUAAUUGCUUUAAUUGCUUUCAGUAGAUUAUUGUUUAGUGUCAGAUUACUCGGAUAUAAUGAGAGGCUCAACUUGUAACAUGCACUUUUUUUCUCUUAGAAUAAAAAAUGUAUCAGAAUGUCAAUUAUGCAUGACAGAAACUAUGUUUUUCUGUCUACAUACAGUAGCACUUAUUAACUCCUGUUGUUUAAAUAAUAAAACACCUUAAGAGUAUUUCUAUAUUAUAAUAUUUUCGAUAUUUAAUGUCUGAAUUAAAUUCAGAUAAAGACCUAAUGAAAUUUAUUUCCCUCAGUAUAUUGCAUACAAUACUGUAUUUGAUACAUUUUUCAGAUAUGAUAAAUGAUUGUAAGUUUUUUUUUUUUUUUUGCUCAUUAAAUAUCUAACACUACUCAAAUCUCAUUGUCCUCUGCUCCGUUUCAGCACUGAUUAACUGAACAGCGCAAUUCUAACACAUAUUCCAACAUCACAUGUUUAGAAUAAGGAUAUUUUGUGUAUACAUGCAAGCUGUGUAGUAUUCACCCUCCCCCAGAGGGGAUAUAAAUCGGUGGAUCACACUAGAGCAUCUCCUUAACCUCUUAGAAAGACUCCAGGAAGCCUCUCAAGAAAACUCCUUUCACUCAAGAUAUCCUCUGACAAACUGCAACCUAGAAGACAAGACACUUAUGCUUACUCUUCACUAAAGGAUCUUUUUAUUUGUCAAUUGAGGAUCACAGAAUAAUAUACCAGGAGGUGAACAUCUUGCAACAUUCUGUAAGUGUCAAUACAGAGUAAUUAAUCAAAUGUGGAGGCAUGGAAGACAUUAAGAACUCUAUGAAAUUAGAAGCCAGAACCAGAUGUUAGCAUUGAAUUUCCACAUUUAAAUAUUAUCCAAAAACUGUAAUUAUUUGGUGCUGUACUUCUCAUAGUACAUUUUUGUAUUCUGUUGUCAAUUUAUUUAUAUAUAUUUUUUCUGUUUUGAUAUUUUUUUAUUAUUAUUUGGAGAAAGACAAAUGACUGUGCUUUGAUUGUAUUGCUGUUUCUUAUUAAUUUUUGCAGGUUACAAUUACCUCACUCUUGUGCCAUACACUGACCCAUGGCUGUAAAGCUGUGUGCGCUGCUCUGUAUCCUUAUGCUGUUAAUGCAUCUUACCCAGCCAAAAUCUCAUGAUGAUCUACCAUUACAUUCGCUGGAGUUCAGAGGUGCAAAUUUCCAAACUGAAAAUUUCAAUUGCUUUUAUUGUCACUACAAAUAUCAGAUCCAUACAUCUUCUAUAGCCGCUUGUCCUAUGUAGGGUCAUGGGUAUCCUGGCCCGGGUUUCCCAAAUGCAUUGCAAGCUUAAGUUGAUUGUCGAGACCAUUGUCGCCAGCGGUUUCUAAGAUCUACUUAGGCUUACGAUGCUUUUGGGAAAUGCAGUCCUGGGCAGGUGGCCAGUCCAUCACAGGGAAACACACACAGGCAUAUACAUUCACACUCUCACUCACACCUAUGGGCAAUUUAGGGUCUCCAAUAAACUUAACCUGCAUAUCUUUUGGACUGUGGGGGAAACCGGAGCAUCCAGAGGAAACCAAAGCGAUUACGGGGAGAACAUGAAAACUCCCAAACAUCAGAUAUUUCUGAAAAUGUUUCUUUUCUGAUAGUCAAGGUAGCACUUCAAUGUAAAAUCAUGAAAUGUUUUCUCAAGAAAACCACAAACCAGCACAAAUAUUGUUGAUUUAUAGGGAUCAAGGGGUCCUAUUUUUAUUUUAUUUUUCUAUUAUUCCCAACAGAUCCAAAUAUUAAUGCCCUGUGGUAUAAAGGCAGAGGAAUAUGGCCCGUUGGAAGAUUUGGGCGAAGGAUGGCACAAAAAAGUGAAGGAUCAACUUUUGGAAAGCACAGGACCUGCUAUCCAGAGGCUGUGGACUGACA